AUGCCGGGCAUCUUGCCCAUGAAGGUGAUCAAAGUGGGAUCAAAUUCCCUGGGCCGCAUCGCCCAGGCCUGCGAUCGUUGUCGUAGCAAGAAAAUACGCUGCGAUGGCAUCCGGCCUUGCUGUUCACAAUGCGCGAAUGUGGGAUUCGAAUGCAAGACUAGCGACAAGCUCAGCCGACGAGCUUUUCCACGUGGAUACACCGAGUCUUUGGAGGAGAGAGUGCGCGUGUUGGAAGGCGAGGUGCGGGAGUUAAAGGAUCUUUUGGAUGAAAAGGACGAGAAGAUCGAUAUGCUAUCGAGAAUGCAUUCGAAUAGACGACCUUCGGUGUCUGGAUGGCCAGCCUUCGAAAGGAGAGACUUGGUAGCGAUGCCUCCGAAGGAUGAUGAAUUUCGCGUCCAAGCAUCUCCGCUACUGCCAGAAGCCGGGCAUACCGACUCGUACCUCAUGGGAGCUUCGAGCGGCAGAGCUUUCGUCGAUGCAUUCAAGCGCCGGGUCCAGGAAAGUGGCAAAUCGCUCGCUGGACUCAACACGGAGACUUUCUUGAACAUUGAAAAGGAGUCGACGAUGACUGUUUCUCCGAACACUGGAUCCAAGACCCCGAGCGCACCACCACGUAUGUUUUCGGAUCGAUGUGUGAACGUCUACUUCCAGGAAUGGGCACCUCUCUUCCCAGUCUUACACAAGCCAACCUUCCUUCGCUUGUACGAGGAGUAUAUGUCGAACCCCGAACAGGUGACUGAUCCUCACAAGCUGGCUCAGUUACAUCUUGUCUUGUGUAUUGCUGGCAUUUCAAGCGACGUCCCCGACGAGGAGAAUAUUGCUCUUUGUGAAAAUAAAUGGCGCCAAUCCCUCGACUCCAUCCUUAUGAAUAAUACUCUUGUUACACUUCAGUGUCUUAUCCUUGCUCUCAUGUGUUGCAUCUCGAAAGCCGACUAUACCCGCCUCCAGCACUACAAAAGUAUUGCUGUUGGAAUCUCGCACAGACUUGGCUUGCAUCAAAGCCAGAAACGAUUUUCAUUUGGCGCUCUCACUAUUGAAACGAGGAAAAGGGUGUUCUGGACCUUGUACACUGUUGACUGCUUCUCUGCCGCCUCGCUUGGCCUUCCUCAGCUGUUGAAGGAGGAAGACAUCCAUGCAGAGUAUCCCACCGACACCGAUGACGAUUAUGUCACUGGAAAGGAGUCUCAACCGACCCUUCCUGGCGAAUCGACAAGAAUCUCGAGCGCCUUGGCUCUGUUCCGUGUCUCUCGUAUUCUUUCCAAAGUCUUGGAUCAGAAUUAUCCCGCUGCUGCCAAUCACGACCUUUCCCUGCAGUCUCUCACUUCGCUUGAGGGGGAAUUGAAUCAAUGGUCUGACCAACUGCCGGUCCAUUUGAAGCUCACGUUUGUCCAGGAUAAGCCUUCAACAGACGUCACAGGGAGUCGUGCUGCUUUGCUGGCUCUGGCUUACUAUCACAUACGGUCUCUCAUCCACCGUCCUGCUGUUACUUCAACACUCGGCAACAAGUCAUCGCCAUCCGUCAUCUCGCUUGCCGAUUCUAGCAAACAUAUCAUCCAGAUCGUGCAGCUUCUAGCGGAGAGAAAUAUGUCUUUCUCCUUCUGCCUGAACAAGAAUGAGAUGCUCACAAUCUGCGGACUAAGCAUUCUCUACCAAGGACUCGAUCUCAAGCAGGAAGGAAAGCUCAUGAAAUACAGUCAACGCCUGGUAGCAAGUGUGGUCCAACUCCUCGAGAAGGCCAAUGCUCCCGGUGCAGUCGAUUUCAAGAAGCUCAGCAUUUCAAUGAUUCCCGAAGCUCCAACCAUAGGUCUCUCUGGCCGAAGCCCCAACGAGAUGGGAGUACCAACAAGCUCAGAGUCUACACCUUCGCCAAUGGUCGCCAUACAGCAACCCCGCCCUCAAGUUCACCGACAUUCAAGUGCGACCAUGAGCGAAAGGGAUCUACUCUCCCACCAAGAUAAGCUCCGCUGUGCAACGGUUCCCAGCAUCAAGCCCGGCCAGGAAAAUAUUUCCAGCAGUCGUAGCUCCCUCGAUCCUGGCCGUUCUGUAUCGCCAACAUCGAAGCACGGAUGCCGAGAUUCGGUAGCGCAACUCCCACUCUCCUCGGAAACUUGUCCUCACAAGAAGGAAAAACUGCCCAAUCUCGACUACCUGUCUCUGAGCAACACCCCCGUAGCAUCGCAGUCGCCCGUCCAAUCACGUUCUCAACUCCUGAAAACCAGUGGUCACACGCCAAUCUUGACCAGCACCGGCUUUCCGGUCAACAAGCAAUCCUCGGGCGUGUCGCCUUCUGAAUGGGAAGCCCUCCUGGGUUCCCUAGACAGCGGACAAACAAACCUCUACGACGCUAUCUACGGUGGUCCCGCGCCUGUUUUCGACAACCCGUUUUCGAAUUAUGAAAACUGGGCGCCAGACUGGGAUAUGCCUACGUUGACGAUGGGUGAUUUUGGAAAUACGGCCCCGGAGUCAGCGAGUAGUGUACUCAGUUUCAGUGAGGAGAGCCUGAGUUCUGGGGAGGAUCUUUCGACGAGUGAGUCGGUUGGUCUAGGGGGGAAACAGGAGUAUGGAGUUCAGAUAAUGAGGGGCGGGGACCAUUAUUCGCUAGAAGGGUUGGAAGCUGCGUUUGGUUUAUGA